AUGCAUCGAAUCCUACUCUCUUUAUAGAUGUUUACUCAAUCAUAGCUGGCAUUUGUUGCAUUUUUGUGAUUGGCAGAUCAUAUGUUGUCGCAUAUUUGGGUCUCAGAACAGCUCAAAGCUUGUUCGAUCAAAUUAUCAAUAGCAUAUUGCAUGCUCCGAUGUCAUUCUUUGACACUACUCCAUCAGGAAGAAUAUUAAGUCGAGUACAGUAUCUUCCUUCACCCAAUUCUGAUUUAAUGCUCUUCAUUCUCUGUUAUCCGAGAGCAAUAUUCAGCUACCCGAAAAGGUAAGUCAAUCGAGUAAAGAACCUUCUGUUGUUGAAUCAACUAAGGUUGGUGAAAGAUUUUCCGGAACGCUUUCAAGCUUUAAUGAUAACUUCACUUCUUUUUAUAAUGUGACCCCUAGAUAUGCUAAAAUAAGAGCAGAUGCAAAUGGUUCUGCCAAAGGACAAAUUAUUGUGUGGCAGAAUAUUGAGCUCAUUAGUGAUCGACCUCUGGAAACAAUGUUGAAAGAGUUUAAGCAAUUGAAAGAAGAGUAUCCAGACAAGAUACUAAUUGCUUCUAUCAUGGAAGAAUACAACAAAGCUGCUUGGGAGGAACUUAUUCACAGAUGUGAGGAAACUGGAAUUGAUGCCUUUGAAAUCAACUUCUCGUGUCCCCAUGGUAUGCCAGAACGUAGAAUGGGUGCUGCUAUUGGUCAAGAUUGUGAUCUCUUGGCGGAGGUUUGUUGAUGGAUCAAUGUUGUAGCCACAAUUCCAGUUUGGGCAAAGAUGACCCCUAAUAUCACCGACAUU